GAGAGAGAGAGAGAGAGAGAGAGAGAGAGAGAGCAACUAACCGAGACAGAAAGACACUGCAUGCAACUGAGACACUUCUGCUCUGUGCCUGAUGUCCAUCAGGUCCCGUGCUUUUAAAAGGAUUCAAUACAGCGUGUCAGGGAUUCUGAGAGGAGAUUCACUCAGAGCGAUGGAGGAUAGAUGGAGUCAGAUGGACGAACAACAUCUGAUGAGUGGGAGAGAAGAAAGAACCGUUUAAUAUGAAGCACGAACAGUUCAGGAGUCGAGAGGGAAUUGAUCAUCAACAAACGUCAAGCAACGGGAUCCAGGACAACUCUGGGGCAUUUAGAGGAAAAGCAGAUCUGCUUCUCUGCUGUUUUCACUGGCUCCUAUUCCUGCAUGGAUCAACUUCGACCUGACCAUUGACCUUUGACCCGUGAGUGACUUAUUAGGGGGGAUUUGGCGCAACCAAAACCUCGACUCUUGUAGAGCACAGAGCUACUCUACCCACAGAAUGUUCUGGAAACUGGCCUUACCUGCCAUUCUGGCCUGCACCCUCUGUGCGUCCAUGGAAACCAAGAAGCUCCGCCCACGAAGCUCCAUCCCCUCCCCUUACAAGCUGAAAGGCAAUGAGCUGUUGUCUUCCUCGUCCAUCACACUAUCAUCCCUGUCUCAGCAACCUCCAUCAAAACGGCACAAAGGCAAACAGGAAGUGCUGCUGUCGAGUCGUGAGGCGCUGGUGGUGACCGAGCGGAAGUACCUGAAGAGCGACUGGUGUAAAACCCAGCCGCUGAAGCAGACUGUUAGCCUGGAGGGCUGUGUGAGUCAAACCAUCAUCAACCAUUUCUGUUAUGGCCAGUGCAAUUCGUUUUACAUCCCACGACAUCUGGCUCCCGCAAAUGGCCGCCAUGGUCGAAAACGGACGCCGAAGUCCAACCACGGUGCUUCCUUCCAGUCCUGUUCUUUCUGCAAACCUCACCGGAUCUCCACACUAACGGUACGGCUUCACUGUCCCAGGUUACAGCCCCCGUACCGACAUCGGAAGGUCCAGCGCAUUAAGGAAUGCAGGUGCAUGUCGGUUAGCGUCAGUGACACCCACUGACCAAGGGGGAUUGUUGGAAGUGGUUCUCGAUACAACAAACUGAGCCUGUUUUUACUGAAUGGACAUGCUAUAGAUAAAAAGCCAGAAGAAAAAAAUACCUUGAACUGAUAUCUAGAUGGAUAUACUUCAGUCAGACUGGAAAUGGAUUUGAAGUCUGACAAUGCGAAGCAGUGAUACAAACACCAUACAAACCUUCAAUAAUAAAUAAUAGUUGAUUGUGCUUAAUGAAGUGCUAUCCAUUAGUAAAAAGAAAUUCACAUUUACUUAUUUGGCAGAUGUUUUGGUCCAAAGCAACUUACAACUGGGCUGAGAAGGUGAGAGUUAAGAGUCUUGCUCAAGGAUCCAACAACUCCUGAGCCUUAGUCUUCACAUCAAGCCUGGACAAUGGAUACUGGUGUCAUGGUAAAUCCUAUAGCUUGGUGAAGUAUAUAAUCAGACAUUGGGAUUUCAAGAUUUCAAGUCUGGCAAUCCUUCAUGGAUACUCUCUCUCUCUAAGAUGCAAAAUAAAUAAAUAAAUAAAUAAAUAAAUAAAUAAAUAAAUCUGCCCAUUGUACCACUUCCUGGCCAUGUGAAAUUGUUCAAAGUAAACACUGCUAUAACGUCUACGUGCGAGUGUGAAGGCCAAAAUCUCAAACGAUCACAAGAGAUGAAAUGGGAUUCAACACAAUGACAAAUUGAAUCACCGCUAAUUAGAACUAUUUUCCGAUUAACAUCGGAAAAGGAAUAUCGGAAAAUUAGUGCUGCUACACCUCCAUCUUAGAUCCGUUCAGGCCAACACAGGACUGGUCAAGGCUUGCACCAAACUGACGUCAUAGCAAUAUGUCACCUGGACUUUGGUGACAUAGAUGAAAGAACGGCAGUGUUAUUAAUAUGGAUUUCACGACACAGGUUACAGGAUUCGUCCUGAUGGACACGCUGUAGGUGUGAAAGCAAAAACGUCGGGACAAGAUCGCAUCCAUUAUACCACUACUUGGCACCUUGACCUGAUUUUGGCACCUUGAACUGACUGUCGUUGUGAAUAUUGUGCACCAAUAUGAUCCAUCAGCCAUUAAAAACAAAUAAAUAACAGUUGCUGGAAGUAUA